UACUUAAAUGCAUUGAUGAGAUCCCCUCUAGUCUUCUCCACACCAAACAGGCCCAGCUCCCGCAGUGCCUGUGCAUCAGAGAGAGCUCCAGACCCCGCAUCAUCUUUGUGGCCUUCGCUGGACCCUCUUGGACAUCUGCUUGUUUUUCCUGUGCUGAGGAGCGCAGGACCGACACCGCCCGCCAGCCCAGGGCCGCUCCCGCCCGCCCGCGCUCAAGAUGGCGGCGGCCGUGAGGGCCGGAGCCGGGCCCCGGGGCGGGAAGGGCCCGGCUCCGCCGCGCUGAGGCCGCCCGGCCCCUCCCGACGGGCUCGGAGCGGCGGGGAGGGGCCGCAGCCGGGCCCGGCCAUGAGCGGCGCGGCGGAGGCGCGGGAGCUGGAGGAGCGGCUGCGGGAGGCGGCGGCCCUGGGGGACGUGGCGGAGGUGCGGCGGCUGCUGGGCGCGGGGGUGGACAUCGACUCCCGCAACGAGAUCAACGGCUGGACCUGCCUGCACUGGGCCUGUAAGCGGAACCAUGCCCAAGUGGUGUCCUGCCUGCUGGAGGCUGGCGCUGACAAGCACAUCCUCACUGCUAAGGGAGAGCUGGCGGCACAGCUAACAUCGAAACCAGACAUCCGCAAGAUUUUGGGAGAGGAACAAACUGAAUGUCAAGGAGCGAAGGAUUUAAAUUUACCCAUUGUUGUGAACUACUCAGCCAAGCCACCAUUCCGUAACGUUUACAGCGAAGAAAGCAUUCCAGGCAGCUUGGCAGAAUCCCAGAAUGAAAGUGCUUCCAUCUCUUCUGCUUCCCAGAGUGAAACCAGCCCUUGUCCAUCAGCACCUCAGGCCGAAAGCACCUGCACAGCCGUGUCCUGCAGCAGCGAUGAUGAGACUGCCCCAGCAGCCAGCCCUGCAGCCACAGCCCCAGCAGCCAGCCCUGCAGCCAGGCCUGCCCCAGCAGCCAGCCCUGCAGCCACAGCCCCAGCAGCCAGCCCUGCAGCCAGGCCUGCCCCAGCAGCCAGCCCUGCAGCCACAGCCCCAGCAGCCAACCCUGCAGCCAGCCCUGCAGCCAGGCCUGCCCCAGCAGCCAGCCCUGCAGCCACAGCCCCAGCAGCCAGCCCUGCAGCCAGGCCUGCCCCAGCAGCCAGCCCUGCAGCCACAGCCCCAGCAGCCAGCCCUGCAGCCACAGCCCCAGCAGCCAGCCCUGCAGCCAGCCCUGCAGCCAGGCCUGCCCCAGCAGCCAGCCCUGCAGCCACAGCCCCAGCAGCGAGCCCUGCAGCCACAGCCCCAGCAGCCAGCCCUGCAGCCAGGCCUGCCCCAGCAACCAGCCCUGCAGCCACAGCCCCAGCAGCCAGCCCUGCAGCCAGGCCAGUCCCAGCAGCCAGCCCUGCAGCCAGGCCUGCCCCAGCAGCCAGCCCUGCAGCCACAGCCCCUGAGCCCCCCGUCAGCACAGCCUCAGCCUGUGCCAGCCCAGCGCUGCUCGCCGGCCCCGCCUGCCCCCCGGCCACCGCCCCCAGCCUGGGGCUCUGCUCCCCCACACUGUCCGGCCAGGCCCUGCCCCUGCAGCCCAACACCUCCCCCAGCGGCCCUGCCUCCGCCUUCCAGCCCUUCUUCUUCACGGGAACAUUCCCCUACAACAUGCAAGAACUUGUGCUCAAGGUCAGAGUCCAGAACCUGAGAGACAAUGACUUCAUUGAGAUUGAACUGGACAGACAAGAAUUGACCUAUCAAGAUCUGCUCAGAGUGAGCUGCUGUGAACUGGGCAUUAAUCCAGAGCAAGUAGAGAAGAUCAGAAAACUACCCAAUACACUUAUAAGAAAGGACAAGGAUGUUGCCAGACUCCAGGAUUUCCAGGAGCUGGAGCUGGUCCUCAUGAGAAGUGACAGCUCUCCAUUCCAGAACGCUGCAGCUGUGCUGACGGAGCGGCCAUGCUACAACAGCAGAGCAUCCAAACUCACCUACUGACCCUGGGGGCUGCAGCUGCACUGGCAACACCUGCCAGUGACACUGGCAGCCACCUCAGAGUGUGGAAAACCUUAAGUUAUUAUUAGGGUUACUAUUUUAACUAAUAUUUUAUAUUUUAUAUUUAAUACCCUGUUCGCUUUUAUUUUUUACUUGAUACUGUAUUCAGCCAAGGGAUACCUCAUUUGUCUAGUUAAAAUCACAUGCUUCCAAUGUAUUUCAAGGAAGUUUAUUGGUUGUAUCUGGCAGCAGGGGGGCACAAAAGACAUAAUUAUUGAUAUGAAAAUUAUGUUAAGUACACCCACUCUGACCAAGACUCACGGAAAGAUUCAGGAAAUUGUGUGUCUCUGUGUGUAUAUAUGUGUUUUAAACCUCCUCAUUAAUUUAAAUGAAAGAGACACACAAUGAAUACUUGCUGUCUAAAAAUGUAGAAAUUUAAGUCCUUAACCUCUUGCCCCUCACAUACACCUAGAUGGAUUGUCUAGAGAUACCUAAUGCUCAGAAGUGGCAGGAGAAACCAUCUUACUGGGCUGAAAAUAAGUGGAAUAAGCAUGCCCAUAUUUAACUGUUUAUUGCCCCUGUGAGAAUAUUGUACUUCCACCAAAAAACACAAAAGCCUCUUGUAAAUGCUCCUUAAUGAAGUCUCAAUGAGUUGAAGUGCCCUUUCAAGAGAAAGCCCUUGUUUCAGGAGAUGGGGAGGGGACCCCCAAUUUGUGUUGGUGGUUUGUACUUUCUGACUGAUGAGAGCCUGUGCAUUACUCACACCAGGUGUCAGUAUUAUCAAGACAGGAAAGCUCUGUGUGGCUCUCCCUCAUACACCAGUUCCAAGGGGGUGGUGGUUUCUGCUGUGUGAGGAGAAGCACAGCAGUGUCCUCAGGGGAGAUCACAGCUGGAAGGAACACAGUAUGCUUUCAUGAGCCACUAAAUGGGAAAUACACCACGAGCAAGUAACUUGUAACUUUACAUCAUGCACAGUCUACUGUCACCAUUACAGAGCCUUGUUUUAGCCAGGUGAGUACUGAAAGCUGCCUCCAGGCACUUUUAACUUUUUUUUUUCCCUCUUCAUUGUGAGGAGUGAAAAAACCACAACUCUGGUUAAGCUACAGACUGUUUAACUGUUUAACUUGCAUUCAAGCAAGUCAGUAAUGAAAAAUUCACCUGUGCAUUAGAAGUACCUAAGUCACAGCAUUGCUGGAAUAUAAACAGCCUAAAGCUUUUCCUGAUUAACAUGGCAGCCUGGAAAGUUACACUUUUGGAGGCUGUUUUCUUUUUUACCAAAAAAUACAAUGCUGACCUUUGUCCCAAAACCCUUAAUUGGGUCCUGAGGUGGGUAAAGAAGUGAGGGACUUGCUUUUUCUGCACAAACUGCUUUUUCUCCCCUCUCUUCCCCCCACCCCAAAGUGUAUUGAUUUUCCUUCCAGCUCUGCAUUUUGAGGCUGCACUAGAGCAGAGUUUCUGCAGAGCUGGUGCUGUGUUUGUUGUUGAUCUGGACUGCAAUGUUGACAGUCAAACUAUAAAUAGUACAGCAUUAUGUUCUGGUAGAAGCAGCAUGGCUGCCACCCUCCCAAGUAUUCUGCACACCAAGACAAGACAGAAACCUAUUCUGCCAGCAGAGAUGCUUGGCUCAGGAUUUCACCAAAUUAUUUAGGCUUAAAAUUCUUGCUUACUGCAGUCAAAAUAAUUAUGAUCCUUUUCUCCAUGCAACACACACAUCACCUCAACCCUGCUAAUUUCACAUUCUCAGUCCUGGUUUUUCUCCAGCCAGGAGCUGAGCUACUUUAAUGCCAGAUUCAACUCCUGGGAAGCUCAAGACUGUGACACAGUAUGAAGUAAAACUUCUUAACUAAGGUUCCUGCUUUGUUUUUCUUGUAGGACAGGAAAGAAGGAUUUAUUUUAACAAUUGUGUAUUUAUCUUUCCAGCAUAGCUUGGAGGUUAGCUCAGAUUAUGUGCAAUAACUCUCUGAAAAACAGUAGUGGCUAAAUGGCUCAAAAUUAAUACAAGUAUCUAAUUUCUUUACAGUUCCUUUAUUUGGGAAGUCAGUGUAAGGACUGUCUCCACUAAUUACUGAGCAUUCUGCUAGAGAGCAGCUGAUUUAAAAAGCUUUAUUUCUCUAGUUUCCACCCAGCAUAACACUUCAGGUGUUAAAUCUUAAACUCUACUCGUAAUCUGACUGUAAUAACAGUAAAUCUAUGCAUUCAGAGAAAUAUUUUUGUAUGUUUUAUGCAGUUUGAUAAACUCUAAGGCACACUAGUUAUGUUAACUAGUUUUUGUUGGGCUUCUUCCUUGAACAAUGAACUGUUGGAAUGCAACUGAGAUUAAGUUUACAAAACUUACUGUUCUUCCGAGGACGACUUUUGUUUGCACUACAAACUUGUACUGAACUGACAUUGCUACUCUUCACUUAUAUUAAAGUAUCAGUCAUUUCAAGUA